UUCGAGUAUGGACGUGUGUGAGUAGACGACUGUUGUGAGUCGCUCACCUUUUGCCACGAAUUCUGUGUCAUGCCAUGUGUAUGUAGAAUAGCGCGAACAAAAAUCAACAAAAAAGUAAGCUAUGGGAUUUACACGUACCAAAGGUGGGAUAAAAAGUUGACAAUUGAAAAUAUGACUACCAUGGAGCACAAGAUGGACGGGUAUUAAGUUAGACAGCUUGCAAAUUGGCAAAGAAGUAAAAGAAUUUAUUUGAGAGCAUUUUGUUGGCAGACUCUGGCUAAAGUGUGCAUGCAUGUGCUUGCAUGCUGAGAUUAUAAGCAGACUUAUAUGUACCUACAUAUGUAUAUGUGUAUGUGCAAAGUUACAUUCGCUAUGGCGAUUAUAAAAAAGAGUUAACAAAAGAAUAAAAAACAACGCAAACGAACGCUUAAUUCGACGAGUACACCAUCGACGGCGCUCACAAACAAUCGCCACUUUAUUUGCCAAGCAGAGAGUGCGAGAUGUGUGUGCGGUAGGCGAUCGUGAGCGGCUUGCGGUGGAAGUGCUAACAAAGAAAACAUGAAAACGUAGAAUGAAAAGUUCAAGAAACAGUGCAGAUCGCAAAGUUGGCCAAAGUUGGUUGGGUUAGUACGUUAGUGCGGUUGGUGUCGCAGUGUGGUAGUAACGCAGUGUCGCACGUUUGGUCUGGUGUGAUGAAGAAAUUGUAAUUGCUUGCUGGUGGUGAUGAGCCCAGUUAGGCCGCGUUGCAAAUGAAUGAACUUUGUGCAGACACCAUUAAGGCAGAACAACAACAAAAAAAAAACAACAAAAUAUAAUAAUAAUGAUAAUUAAAAAGUUAUAUAGCUUCGCAAAAAGGGAGCAAAUUAAGUGAAAAAUAAAUUUAAAAAAAAUAUACAUAUAUAAAAAAAAGUUAUAAUAAAAAGCAAGUGGCCCUAAUUAAAACCUGACUUAGUGAAAUGCAAUACCUAGAGCAACAACAACAAAGCAAAAUUAAAAAAGUGGUUUAUGCGGAUUGCUAAAGUGAUUGCGGUGCAGGCAAACGCAGCAGCGGCGUGUGGUGUAGUGUAGUGAAGGGAGUAAAAAGUGCAAGGCAAGUGAAUGUGCGAAUCCGCCUGCCUGUCUUGUGGGUCGCCGAACGGUGUGUUAUUUGCAAUGGGAAUUUCGCCAAGCGGCUGCUGUUGAUUGAUUUUUUGUUUGUUUUUGUUUUGCUUAGUAAAGUCGUUGAUCGAUCGAUCGAACGCCGGUUUAUAGGCAUUUUUGUGACAAAUAAAUAAACAAAGCCAACACAAGUGGGAAAGGCGCAGACGAAAAACGCAUAAAAAAUUGCAUUGAAAGGCUGUUAACAACAUCACUGAGAGUUUUACGUGAAUAAACACUUAAAUCGCCAAGCGAAUCAUCAAACAAAGAAGAUUUGAAUAUUAAUGGCAACUUUCUAACUUUUCGAAUUUUUUGCUGUCUCGUAAAGUUAAAGUUGCAUUGCGCGUGUCGGAAUUUUUGUCACCUGCGCUCGAAGAGUUGCCCGAAAUUUCAGUAACAAAUUGGGUCACCGAUUGUUGGUUGCAGUUUAUUCAAGGCACAGAUUUCGUAAAGAAUACUUAGACAAAUAAACUACGAUAACAACUGGACCCACAAGGUAAUUAUAUGGAUCAAAUAUACGAGCCAAAUUAGCAUUUCUCUCCCGCUCACAAAAACACUUUGUGCAACUAAGGAACCGCAAUUAGGAUAACUACAGUGAAUGGAAACUAGUGACAGUAGCAGCAGCAGCAACAACAUUAACAAAGAGCGUACAUGAGGAGGAGCACAAUCGUAUUGCACAAGUAGUAGUAAAAAAGAAGAAAAAGAAACGUACGCAUACAGCAGCGUAAAAGCACACAGCAAAAUAAACGAAAUUCCAGAGACAUGUUGGCCACCACCGCAGCAGCAGCGGCAGCAGUAGCAUCGACAACAACAUCAUAUUCAACAACUGGCGCAGUAGAGCCGUCAGCCAGCAUGCUGAUGACAACAAAAAGUGAUACAACAACAACAGAUACUAAAACAAUGCUACAUGGCACACCAUCCAUAGCAACGAUGUCAUCAACAAUAGCAACAGCAACAGCAACAGGAAUAGCAACACCAAUAACAACGAUUACCUCAGAUCCGGGCAUUUUGUGCUUUCAUCAUUGCAACGUAAAAGUUUUCUGCUUUCAUUUGCCUCAUCGCUGCCCCAAAUGCAAACAAGUAUUAGACACUGGCGAUGAUGUAGGUGGCGAUAACGGUGCCGGAGGUGCCGCCGACGAGGAGGACGAGGGCGAUGCUUGUAAUAAUGAAUUGGGCAGCAAUGGUUACAACGGCGCUGGCGGCGCUGUCAGCGGUCGAAAAGGUGGUGGUGGUGUUAGCUGUGGCAUCGUUGGCUCUACACGAUUGCUGCCUUUUCGUUUGCCUUAUCCGUUCAUACGUGCCUCGCAAUAUCCCUGUGCGAUUGUUUUGCGUCCAACCACAGGCGAUUUUCUCAAUGACUACAACAAUUCGACGGAUUUGCAUAUUGCCGUGACGACCUCAACGGGCUGUGUUGUGGAAUUCGAUCGACAUGGCUUGCGGCGACAUCGUGCCGAUAAUACUCGCAUGAACGAAUGGUGGCAAUGUCUGCUGGUCGGCGAUGUCCCCGAACCAUGGUAUGACUACUGGGACGAGAUAUUGCAGCAGAUUUGUAAUCAGCCCGAUCGCUGGACCGUCUCCCAUUACCAGGAGGAUAGCCACAAUUGUUACACUUUCGUAUUGGCAUUUCUGCAGGCGCUCGCCUAUGACAAGCUCAGCGCAGCAGCACGCUCCAAAACCAGUUUCUGUGAGAAAUAUAUAGUUCCUAGAACCACAACUGCCGGCAAGUAUAUAUCCUUGUAUCGCAAAUUGCGAGAUACGGGCAUUUAUGUGCAUCCACAUCAUCAACACCAAAGGCAUUCCGUGCUCAAGCAGCAACAUAAGCAACAGCAACAACAAUACUACUAUAGCCUGCAACAUCAACACCAACAGCAUUUGAAGCAGUCACGUGGCAGGUUGAGAAUCAAUGGACAUAUCAAUGGUGGUGGUAGCGGUGGUGGGUCCGCAUCCGCUCUGCUGGCUAAUGGUGGCAAGGCAACCAGCAUCAUUUUGCGUGCGCCUAAUCUCUGCACCAUCGAAGAGUGAACCACUUAGAGUGCCAGAGCGGGCCAUUCAUUCAUUCAAUCAUACAUACAAUUAUGUACUUAGUGGGUCGACAGCAAACCAAUUAAUUGAAUAUGCAGCCAAGACGUAUGCCGGUGGUGUGCACCUUCAGGCAUGACAGCAGCAGAACGGCAGCACCAGCACGAUCACCAGCAACACCACCACACCAACAUAUUCACAAUUAACAAGAACAACAGCUAUACAUACGCACAAAUGAGUAGCUGUAGUCAAAAGUAGCAUUUCCUGCCAGGCACCUACUCGUUGCCAACCAAUAGCCAACGUUCCUCAAGAAUGCAUCCUUUUUUGCUCGCCUUUGUGAUUACUUUUGAUCGAACUACUAAAAUAUAAAUAGGUAUUUUUAUUUCUUUGAAAGUUUUCUCCUCACUUGCUUAUAAUUUUUAUAUAGCAUUUUUUCCUACACACUUUGGUCUCUUAAGUCUUACACAUAUAAGUGAAAUUAAUUAAUUUUUGUGUUAAAAGAAUUUUCUUUGUCUAAGUUAAAAAAAAAAUAAAAUAGUUUAGUUCAUUGAAAA